AGACCCACCAGCGGGUUCCAGCCCUCCGGGAGGGUCGUGACUGCCCCGGCAGAGAGACGCGGUCGGGAUCGGAGCUAAAUCACUGGAUCACCGCUUCUUAUCUAGCCGGGUGGGGAGAGAGAGAGAGAGGGAGAGAGAGAGGCCAUUCCUCCCACAGAAACACCUUGCGGUUCCCCUCCCCUCCCCUCCUCCUCUUCCUCCUCCUCCUAUCAACGCCCCCUCUGCUCGGAGAUGAUUUCCAGCGAAGAUGCGCCGCUCCGAGGUUCCCAUUGACCUUCGAAUCUUAGCCGCAGCAGGAGCGCCGCCGCCGCCGCCGCCGCCGCUACCUCCGCCUCCCGACGCCGCCCGAUCCCUCCGUUUGCCUCGCAGCCGUUGGGUCCGUUGAUCCCCUCCUCCUCCUCCUCUUCCUCCUCCUCCUCUUCUUCCUCCUCCGCCCUCAUAAACCGGCCGACACCGAGGCAGAUGCUCCUCGCUCUGUCCUCCCGGCGGCUUGUACUAUGGUGGAGCUCCCAUCCCUCAGCCCUUACUGGCCUCUCCUCCGCUUCCUGGUGCCUCUGGCUAUCACCAAUGUUGCCAUCGACCUCGGAGAGCAGGCCCUCAACAGGGGCAUAGCCACCGUCAAGGAGGACACGGUGGAGAUGCUGGCCAGCUACGGCCUGGCCUACUCCCUGAUGAAGUUCUUCACCGGCCCCAUGAGCGACUUCAAGAACGUGGGCUUGGUGUUCGUCAACAGCCGCCGCGACCGGAGGAAGGCUGUGCUCUGCAUGCUGACAGCCGGGGUCAUCGCCUUCGCCCUCCACGUCCUGAUAGCGUACACAGAUUUGGGAUACUACAUUGUCAAUAAGCUCCACCAGGUGGAUGAAUCUGUUGGUAAAAAGACCAGAAAGGCGUUCUUGUACCUCGCUGCGUUCCCCCUGCUGGAUGCGAUGGCGUGGAUUCAUGCAGGCAUCCUUCUCAAGCACAAGUACAGCGUCAUCGUGGGCUCUGCCUCCAUCUCUGACGUGGUGGCUCAGAUCGUGUUUGUGUCCGUCUUGCUGCACAGUAACCUGGAAUGCGUGGAGCCGCUGCUCGUCCCCAUCCUCUCCCUGUACAUGGGCGCUGUGGUGCGCUUCACCAUCGUCGGCAUUGGCUACUACUGCAACAUCCACGACAACAUCCCGGACUCCAGCGGCCUCGACGUCGGGGGCGACGCCACGAUCAAAAAGAUGCUGAGCUUCUGGUGGCCCCUGGCCCUCAUCCUGGCCACGCAGCGCAUCAGUCGACCCAUAGUCAACCUCUUUGUGUCCCGGGACCUCAAGGGGUCCGCCGAAGCCACGGAGGCCGUGGCUGUGCUCACAGCCACAUACCCGGUGGGUCACAUGCCCUACGGCUGGUUAACCGAGCUCAGAGCGGUGUACCCUGCCUUUGACAAGAACAAUCCCAGCAACAAGAUGAAUGCUGGCACCCCCGUUAACAAGUCGCACAUUAAAAAGUUCACCUUCUCCUGUCUGGCCCUGUCACUCACGCUUUGCUUCGCGCUCUUCUGGAGCCCGCAUGUGUCGGAGAAGAUCCUGGUGGACGUCAUCGGCGUGGAGUACACCUUCGCCGCGCUCUGCGUGGCGCCGCUUCGCAUCUUCUCCUUCUUCCCCAUGCCAGUGACGGUGCGGGCUCAUCUGACAGGAUGGCUCAUGACCCUGAAAAAGACCUUCGUUCUGGCUCCCAGCUCGGUUCUCCGUAUCAUCGUCCUGAUCAUCAGCCUGAUCGUGCUGCCUUACUUGGGGGUCCACGGGGCCACGCUCGGCGUCGGGUCCCUGUUAGCCGGUUUCGUCGGCGAGUCGGCAAUGGUCGCCAUAGCAGCCGGCUAUGUUUACAGACAACAGAGAAACAGCGAGAUGUCCAACGAGCUGGUGGUGGAGAACAACCCCAACGGCCCCAGGAGCGAGGUGAGCUCCCCCAGCCCGAUGGACGCCAUCCAGGAGCUUCAGGAGGAGGAAGAGGAGGAGGAGGAGGAGCAGGAGUGAGCUUCCACGGCACAGGAGGAAGGACCACAGCGAGGAAGACGGGGGCGGCUCUGGUCUCAGAGGUCCCCGUCGUGUCGACCUGCACACCAUCAAGACGCACACUGUAAAGAAAGCCAUGCAACCACGGAUCCAUGGGUGUAAAUACUGUUUAGUCCCUUUAGCUGGGUGUGUAUCCUUUCUCAUGUUUUCACCGCUGAACGAGGGACGCCGACGCGGGAGAACCGACACUCCUCUGCAGCCGGAACGACGAGCCGAGGGCUUGUGGAGUUGCCAAAAAAAAAAAAAAAA